AUGUCAUCGGGACCGGUGAAAUACGUGCGAUAUCUUCUCUUCGCCGCCGCGGGUUUGGCCGUUUUCUUUUUCCUCUCCAGAAGUGCAAUUCCCAUCCCCGAAAGCAUCGGCUCGAAGUUGAACCCGGCCGGCUACAAAGAUAGCUCCGCCUCUGCCCAGGCCUCUCAUGACAAUGCUGCUACCCCGAAGGAACAUGCCAACAGUGCUUCGGAGAGCGUGAGCACCCCUCAGGGUGCACGGGCUAAUGCGACGUUUGUCACAUUGGCGCGCAAUUCGGAUGUUUGGGAUAUUGCGAAGUCAAUUCGGAGUGUUGAAGAUCGCUUUAAUCGCAACUACCAUUAUGAUUGGGUAUUCCUGAAUGACAAGGAAUUCGAUGACGAAUUCAAAAAGAUCACCACGGCCCUGGUUUCCGGUACCACCCACUACGGUGUCAUUCCAAAGGAACAUUGGUCAUACCCUGAGUGGAUCGAUCAAGACAAGGCGAAAAAGGUGCGUGAGGACAUGGGUCAAAGGAAAAUUAUCUACGGUGAUUCCGAGAGUUACCGACACAUGUGCCGUUACGAAUCUGGAUUCUUCUUCCGGCACCCUUUGAUGCUGAACUACGAGUACUAUUGGCGUGUGGAGCCCAGCAUUGAAUUGUUCUGCGACAUCAGCUUCGACCCUUUCCGAUUUAUGAAGGAAAACAACAAGAAGUACAGCUUUGUUCUUAGUCUAUAUGAAUACUUCGAUACUAUUCCUACCCUCUGGGAUAGCGUGAAAAAGUUCAUGAACGAUCACCCUGAACACAUCGCGAAGGACAACUCAAUGGGCUUCUUGAGCGAUGACGGUGGAAAAACGUACAACAAGUGCCAUUUCUGGUCGAAUUUCGAAAUCGGACACUUGGAAUGGCUCAGAUCCAAGGAAUAUCUGGAUUACUUCGAAUCCCUUGACCGCGAUGGCGGCUUCUUCUAUGAAAGAUGGGGUGAUGCUCCAGUGCACUCUAUUGCUGCUGGUUUGCUCUUGGAAAAACAACAGGUCCACUUCUUCAAUGAAAUCGCCUACUAUCAUGUCCCCUUCACCCACUGUCCGACGGGCGAGCAAUUGAGGCUGGAUCUCAAGUGCCACUGCAACCCCAGCGACAACUUCGACUGGAAGGGUUAUUCCUGCACUUCCCGCUUCUUCCAAGUUAAUAACAUGAAAAAGCCCGCGGGCUAUGAGAAUGAGAGCUGACUAACCGCUCUCGGAAAAGUCUUGCUCGCGAUAGUCAUUAUUGGCGGUCUUGUCCUUGCAAUCAGUAACAAGGUUCGAGCACGAGUGGUCCAUGGCGGACUUGCGCUACUUGAGCGAACCGCCGCCAUGCGGGAGACCUAUCUUAAACGAUAAGAAGAUCCACCUGGCCAUUUUGUUCCAACUGUAGAUGCUGGGCUUUGGCUAUUUUGACCCUCGUCUUCUUCCUCUUUUGCCUUUAUGUUCGUAUUUCCGCGGUGUCAUGUGUCUUAUUAUAAGGAUAUUUCAUCAUCUUCUUUACUUGCUUUUAGGGAGUGAUUGUGCAUAUUCAUGAAGCGCUAAGGUUACAGCAGGGCAGUUACCACACUAUGUUUUGGCUUAAGGGAAAAGCGAAAAUAACCCGUUCAAUAUAAAGUUCCAUCAUAAAUGUACAUAGCUAUUUUAUAACGAUGACGACGAUAAGA